AUGUCAGCUGACGACUCAGUCACAACUAAGUUUCUUAGUAAUUUGGAAAUUAAACCUGACUCUGUUCAUGAAUUAUCUGCAGAUGACAGAGCUCUGCAAACAGCCGUUGUCAAUUGCAAAUCUGUGUCUCCGUUACAUUCAUUUAAAAUUUCAACUAUCAAUCUGCCUAUAAAAGAAGCGUAUCUCAAGUACCUUGAACCAGAAGAUAUAGAAGAGUUAUAUAAAUUAUUCCUCGUUAAUCGUGAUUAUCUCAGUCGAAAUAUUCCUAUAUCUAGUGUAAAUACUUUAGAAGAUGUCGCUAAACGAUUUGGUAAUGAUCUCACUAAUCCGAAUCGAGUACAGAUCGGUAUUUAUUAUAAUAAUAAAAUUGUUGGUCGAUGUCGAUUAACUUAUUAUCCGGAUAAAAAUAAUAUCUGUGAUUUUGGUUAUUGGAUUGGUGAAAUAUAUCAAGGUCUUGGAUUAAUAACAGCAACAGUGAAAGUAUUAAUGCAGUUUGUAACUAAACAAUUACCACAAGUGAAACGAUUUGAAAUUCAUUGUGGUGAUAAUAAUGUAAAGAGUCGAUCUGUGCCAGAACGUUUGGGAUUUAAGACUGGAGGAGUAUCGAAUGAUCCGCAGGAUACAAUAGAAUUGAACGGAGUAUGGAUUAGAUCGAUUAUUUAUUCUUACAUUCGGGAAUGA